GGGGCCGAGCGGGGCCGGCGGGACGCGCUGAGCUCCGGCUCCGGGCUGGAGGGGACCCGCUGCCGGCUCCGGGCUGGAGGGGACCCGCUGCCGGCUCCGGGCUGGAGGGGACCCGCAGGAGCACCGGGACCCGUGUCACACCCCGCGAUGGAGCCCGGCCCGCAGCUGAAGGGUGGCACCUCACCCCUGUUUUAUGUAUGAGGCGCAUUGUCCAAGGAAAAUGAAGAAAGGAAAAUGUCAGUCUGAUGCCUUCAGUUGCAAUGACUGGUUAAUGGUUCUGCAGAACUCCCACAGCACAUCUCAAACACUGGAGCAGUGGCCAGUUGUGGAUGCCCCAUCCCUGGAAGUGUCCAAGGCCAGCUUGGACAGGGCUUGGAGAAACCUGGGAUAGUGGAAGGUGUCCCUGCCCAUGGCAGGUGAUGGAACAAGAUGAGCUUUGAGGUCCUUUCCAACCCAAACUGUUCUAUUGACUCUAGGAUUCUAUGGCUAUGAUCAGCUACAAAGGAAUUUUGGCUUUAUCUAGUAAAAAAGAACAAAAUAAAUUACGGAUUAUCAGCAGGGGAAAGUUUGUCCUGGAGCAUCGUCCCUUUGUUCUGCCUUUUCAGUGCAGCUUCAAGAAAGCAUACAGGUUCUUCAAAUAACUGAAGUGCUAUACUUUCCUUACAGGAAUAGUUUCCCCAGCAUGAACUUUGAAGCAGAGAUUCUGACAGCACCACACGAUAAUUCAGAGCUCUACAUGAUCCCUUCCAUGAGAAGCCUCACAGCUGAGGAGUAUGUGGAGGCCUUUAAGUCAUUCUUGGACCACUCAACAGAGCACCAGUGCAUGGAUGAGUUCAACAAGACUCAAAUGCCCAACAUCAUGGCUGGUCUGGGCGCUGGAAAAUCAACCCUCAACGUUCUGGGAGUUGGGAGUGGCACAGGUGAGCAGGAUUUGAAAAUGAUCAGAAUACUGCAGGCUGUGCACCCAGGGGUCUUUAUCGACAAUGAGAUUGUGGAGCCCAACCCACAGCACGUGGCAGCUUACAAAGAGCUGGUGAAUCAAGCUCCAGACCUGCAGAAUGUUUCUUUUAUUUGGCACCAGCUCACUUCCUUGGAGUAUGAACAGCAGGUGAAGGAGAGAGGCACACAUAAGAAAUUUGACUUCAUCCAUAUGAUCCAGAUGCUGUACCGUGUGGAGGAUAUUCCCAGUACUAUCAAGUUUUUCCACAGCUGCCUUGACCAUCAUGGUAAACUCCUGAUCAUAAUUUUAUCAGACAGCAGCGGCUGGGCCAGCCUGUGGAAGAAGCACAGGGACUGCCUGCCCGCCACCGACAGCGGCCACUACGUCACCUGCAGCGGCAUCACGGAGGUGCUACGGGGGCUGGGGGUGCAGCACCACGUCUACGAGCUCCCGUCGGGCUGGGACAUCACCGAGUGCUUCGUCGAGGGCGACGCGGUCGGCGGCCGCAUGAUGGAUUUCCUGACCGGGACAAAAAACUUCCUGGGCACGGCCCCGCCGGCGCUGCGGCGGCGGCUGCAGGAGGCUCUGUGCCAGCCCGAGUGCAGCAGCACCAGGGACGGCAGGGUCAUCUUCAGCAACAACCUCAGCAUGAUUGUGGUGGAGUCCUAGAGCCCGCGGCCUGCCGGGACUGGUUUGUUAGCGCCAUGUGGCCUGCCAGGACCGUUUGUUAGCACCGUGCGGCCUGCCAGGACCGGUUUGUUAACGCCGUGCAUCCUUCCGGAGCUUUCUCUGGCACUUCCACCUGCGGUGUAGCCGCGUGUUUGCACACCCACAGACGAGUCUGCGUGGCCUGGGCAGCUGGCAGGAGGUGGCAGUCCCUGUGCUGGCCGGGCACAGACCCGCUGAUGCCACGUGUGCCAGCGGUGCCUUCUGUCCCAUCUGGGUCGCCAGAAAUUGAUGCCUUGUGAAGGUUGACCUAGAGCAGAGACUAGACAGAGCUGAAGAAUAAAGUAGGGAUUUAUUAGAAGGCCCCAAUGGAUGGGCAGCACAAGAGUCCAGCCAGGGGUACAUCCAAGGUGGACCCAAAAUGGUCACAAAAUGGACGAUCAGUCAAGGGGUCUCACACUUUUACAAGUUUUGGUCCAUUUGCAUAUUAAUUGUUCAAUUAUAGCUUUUGGUUAUGAAGUCCCACCCUUCUUGUUUUUCUCUCUUCAGUCCACAUAGUUUAUGCUCUUGGGCCUGAGAUGUGGAUCAUUUGUCCUUGGUCCCCAGCUAGAGAAGGUCUGCCUACUCUAUGAAGAGAGCUCACCAUCCCCUAAUAUGAAGAUCAAAAGUACAGACUAAAGCAGCACAGAAUCUGAAAAAUAUAAAAGUUAAAACCUGAGGCAUCACCAGAAAAAAAACAGCAAUAUGUUCCUGCUGCUUUGCAUCCAGGUAAUGUCACUGCACCCAGGCCUGAGCAGUAAGUUGCUCUGCACUAGGCUAUUUUAUGGGGUUUUAUUGGCAUAGACAUUUACUGUCCCAAGUCUCUCAGUGUCUCACAAUAUAGACAAGUCUUAAAAAUUUAUCAGCCUUUUUGUUUGGAGAAUAUUUUGGAGCCCAGGAUGAUACUUGCCCUGUGCUCUUUCAGGCAGACAUGAAUUUUGUUACUUUCUUACUACUGUUUGUCUCCAUAUAAAAUAAAAAAGUCACAUCUGGUUCUGCACACAUGAUAUUAUAGAAAAUGAAGAGCAAAGAGGUCAUUGAGUUAAAAACAAAAAAAUAUGCAAAGUACCAUUUUAUGGAGGCAUUAAGAGUUUCUUGUAAGUGAGAAAGAUGAGCCUGAAGAUGUGUAAAAGCUGGGAGAGAGCUGCAGCUUGUCCUUGUGCUGCAGUCCUGGGAGGCAGCUUGGCUGUCUCAGAGCAGCAUUGCUGCAGCACAGCAAAACAGCACCAACAGCACUAAAAUGUGGUGUUUGUGGUUAAAAUGUUAAUAUAGGUAGGUUAAGACUGUUUCCCAAGGGCCCUGAGUUGUUCAGAGGGCUGCAGGAGGUGCUGCCAGGGCAGCUAGCUCCAAAGGGAGAUGCCACUCAGGAUGCCAGUGCAGACCUUGGACAUGGGGAAGCUGCCUGCAGUGUCAGCAACCUCAUUGCAAAGCUCCAAGGGAGGAAAACCUGGCUCAGGUGGGAAACACCUUCAGGCACAGAAGCCAUCUAUCUCUUUGUCCGAGUUUUCCAUGCUUACGCUGAGAUGGACACACCUGUGUGCACCUGGAGGGGCUCAGGUGGAGGUGUGGUGUGGAUCAAAUGGCUUCUUCCAGCCCCAUGGACAUGGGUUUGUCACUCUGGCUUGCAAGAGUGUCUGGACACUGUCACCCAGAGUCCUGCUGAUCCUGUGUCCCACCCCACCCAGCUGAAUGCUGUUACUGCCAGGGACAGCAUCACUCUGAAAAGGUAAUGAGCCUCUGGAGUCAUUGUGUCUCCCCUCUGUCCUUUGGGGUUUUUUUAGGUUUGGGUUUUAUCAUAUCUUUUUGAAACACAGCCAUUUCUCCUGAAACUACUGUAACGGGGAAAAUGAGCAAAAUAAUGGGAAACCAGCAGCAUUAUAUAUUCUCCCUGUCAGACUGAGGCACCCUAGCCUGCAAGUACUAUUGCUGUCAGUUCCAGAAACAUCAGUCAAAACUGGACAACCUCCUUCAGAGUACCCCAUACCUGUGCACAAGCUUUUCCCUUUGAUCCAUCCUAUUGUUUAUUCCACAGGCAUCUCCUUUGCUGGUGCUGGCUCCCAGCACUGGGCAGGGAGUGAGCAGCUGGGCUGUUGGACAGGAUCUCAGCACUGCUCCCAUCACUGUUCUCCUUCCACUGUGAAUUCCCACAAUUUAUUUCCAAUCAGCAGGGGUGUCUCUGUCUCUACCUGGUAGAUUAAGAAGAAAAAUAAAAGGUACCAUAAAUCAGGCUUGCAUUUCAAGCUUCAAAGGAAAAUCUACCUGUUAGUCUUUGCAGAAAAUUGGCACAAUACAGGUUUGCCCAGAUCUUCCCCAGCCCAAGAGGUUUUCCACCCCUCUUUGGAGUUUCCUGCAUAGACACAUUUCCAAUAAGCAGAUACUCAGCAAAACCAUCUGUGAGCACAAAAUUUACCCACACCAUUGCAAAUCAAUGUGCAAAUGCUCAAAAAAAAAAAAAAAGGAGCACUUCAAAGCAGACUGUUUAGUGACAGGCUGGGGAGAUGAAACAAGGCACCCCAUUAAAAACACAGCUGAUCAAUGCUUUAUAUGUAAUUUUUCCUUUGAUUCUUCAAAAGCAAGUAGUUUAUCAACAACUCUGCUUGUACACCUGGAAUAAAUAGCAUCCUAAGUGUC